AUGAACGAUAGAGCUCAAAAGAAAAAAAUCACAGAAAUUACAACUUUGCUAAGAGAUAAGCUGACUGAUCCUGAUGCUAUCAAAAGAGAAACUAUUGACUACUACAAAAGUUUAAUGGGAACAAUUUCAACUACUUUGCUUGCCAUGAAUAGAACAUACAUGAAGCAUGGGUCUAUACUAACUCACCAACAUAGGGUGGAUCUAUGUGCAGAAGUGACCAAUCAAGGGAUUGUUGAGAGUCUUGAAGCAAUUGGUGAUGAUAAAGCUCCAUGCAUUAAUGGCUUUAAUGAAAUUUUCUUCAAGAAAGCAUGGGACAUUAUCAAUAUACAGAUCAUAGAUGCUAUGAAAAAGUUCUUUACAACUGGGAAGCUCUAUAAGGCCAUCAAUUGCACUACUGUUACACUGGUGCCUAAAGUGAACAAACCUACCACAGUCAAAGAGUAUAGAUCAAUAGCCCGUUGUUCAAUCCUUUACAAGAUGAUCUCUAAAAUCUUGGCCUACAGAUUACAGAAAGUCAUGCCUUACAUCAUUUGUGAGUCUCAAGAAGGCUUCAUUCCUGGUAGAAAUAUUGCUAAUAAUGUCAUUUUAGCUCAUGAGGUUAUGGAGGAGCUUAGAUUCCCUGACAAGUUUAUCAGAUGGAUCAUGGAAUGUAUUAAGACUGUCAACUAUACUAUUCGUGUUAAUGGGGAAACCACAAAACCAUUCAAUAUUGCCAAAGACCUUCGACAAGGGGAUCCUAUUUCCCUUUUUAUCUUUGCUAUAAUGAUCGAAGAAGGAAUCUUCCCUUUUUAUCUUUGCUAUAGUGAUCGAAGAAGGAACCUGAGUAGAACACUGCAUGGACUGAAGAAGGAAUCUGACUUCCAAUAUCAUCCCAGAUGUAGUAAACUUGGUAUCACUCAUAUGAGUUUUGCUGAUGAACUCCUUUUAUUUUCCAAGGCAAGCUCUGAAGGACCAGAUACUGUCACACCUGGGAUUUGCAAGUGGUUCUCUACCCUUCAAGUACCUAGGCAUCCAUUUGUCUGCAAAGAAAAUAGCUCUCAUAUAGUGGCAACCAUUGAUUGA